AUGAAUUUUAGAUCAGUAUUCAACAAUUUGAAGGCUACAAGACAUUAUGCCAACAGAGUAACAAGAUACAAUACAACUAAAGGUAAAUCUGGAGUUAGACCACCUUCUUUCCUGUUUGGAAACUUCUCUAAACUAGCAGAUCCUGACAAAAAACAGGUUGAUCAAGCAGCUUUGAGUGUGGAUCGUAUAACAGACUUUCAUGAACUCAAAAUCUUCCCCAGUGUUCGGGUGUCAAUGAUGGAAGAAAUCAAGAGUUGUUAUAACUUCAAAAACACCUACUUGAAGUCGAAAGACGAAGUGGAAAUCAAACCAACUCCUGUUCAAGUUGCUAGUGUCAGAAAGAUUAACAAAUCAAGAAACGUAAAGGUAUCAAAAUUCCAAGAUAGUGAAGACAUAUAUAACGAGAUGAUUGAAAAUUUCAACAACAAACUCAAGGUUUUCACAGUGGCAGCUGAGACCGGAUCAGGAAAGACAUGGGCCUAUUUGUCCGUAAUAUUGAGUAAGUUGAAGGAAGACGAUCUUGCCUCAUUCACAAAGAACCCUGGAGUAUUUGAAGAGUCUCGAAAACUCUCAAAGGUCAGAUCUGUGAUUCUUUUACCUACUAAUGAGUUGGUCGACCAAGUGUCUGAGACUUUGAAUGCAGCCAAUUCAAUUCCUUUGCAUUUACAGAACAAUGUUCCUGAACACAUUUUGAAAGAUACCAAAUAUAAAAGUUUCUUGGAGAUGGAGGAUCAGAAUGGGUUGAGUUUGAAUAUAUUGAAAUGGGGAGCUGGAGAGCCGGCUUCUAAAUUUUUCAACGCUCUAAACAAAACUGUUGACGUGUUGAUCACCACUCCUACCAAGCUUCAAUCUUUGGGGAAACAACAUAGUACUGAAAGUAACCCUUACAGAUACUUGUAUAAUGUGAGCUACUGUGUGGUUGACGAAGCUGAUACUUUGUUUGAUCCUUCAUGGGUCAAUGAUACCACUGCUAUUCUCAGUAAGUUUAGUAAGUGUAAAGAUGUGAUCUUGUGCUCAGCUACUAUGCCCAAGAGGUUUGUCAAGACUGUUGAGAAAUUUUUCGGCAAAAGUGUUAUCAAUGUUAUCACUCCAUCUUUACACAAGGUUCCUAAACAAGUAAAUGUCAAAGUGAUUGAUGCUGAAUUAAGUCCUUUCAAUGGUAGCAAGACCAGAUGUUUAGCUCAAGCUUUAUAUGCCAUUCAAAAGGAUGGGAGCGAGAAGGGAUUUGUCAAGCGGGUAAUUGUGUUUGUGAAUCACAAAAAAGACGUUCUUCCAUUGGUCAGUGUCUUGGCUACCAAGUACCACCAAGAGAAUGAUAGUUUGAUAGGCCUUAGCGGUGAUGACUCUCCUUUGGAGAGAGCCGAAAAAAUUAAGCCAUUUAUCCAUCAUGCUGAAUCGUUGGAAAACCCUGAUGACGAUCUGAGACUUCAAGUUUUGGUCACAACCGACUUGUUUGCAAGGGGAGUGAACUUCCUGGCAGUUAAGAAUGUCAUUUUAAUGGAUUUCCCCAACAAUUCGGUGGACUUAAUCCAUAGGAUGGGUAGAACAGGAAGAAUGAAGCAAAGUGGAAGAGUAUUUAUCAUCACCGAUAAAAAGUCUAGAAAAUCGUGGAUCAAAAGUUUACCUAAUGCCACUAAGCAGGGAAUAAGAAUCGGCUAA